AUGCACAUGGUCAAAGAUGUGGCUGAAGCCUCAAGUCAAGAAAGUUUUGAUGUUCGUGCUGCAAACAAUACAGCAGCAAAUUACACUGCAGGAAAACGGGAAUUCGCUUGGUCCUGGAAGGUAGUAAACGAAUCAAGGCGGUGUUCAACUGAGCAUGGUCAACACGAUGACUACUCUAAUCCCAGCUCAACGUAG